AUGGCGGGGACACUAAAUUUAAAUGAUUUAAAAGAUGAACCUAUUUUAUAUUAUGAAAAUGCUAUAAGUUAUGUUUUUUCACAAUCAAGCGAAGAUGAUAAAAAAGAUCUGCCAACAUGUCUUAUAUACCCAAACGACACAAUAAAAGUUGGAUUUCCAAUCCAUUCAAUAAAAAAUAUUAAAAAAAAUGAUAACUUACCCAAUGAUAAUGAUAAUGAAAUGGCUCGAUUCAAUGAAGAACCUAUAGUUGCAUAUGUAUCCGAGUCAAAAGAUAUUUAUCCAAUGAGAGUUCAUAUUUACUAUACUCUUUUAUAUAUACUUAUUUUUUCUCAGUUAUUUGUUAUGAUAUUUUAUAAAGUCUAUAUACCCUAUAUAUUUUAUUCUUUAUUUGCAGAUAAUAUAAAUUACCGAACUACUGGAGAAAUAAACAAAUGGCAAUUACUUGUUUUUGUUUUUAUGUCUAUUUCCCAUAUUUUAGUUUUUGUAUCAAAAAUCGGAAAAUUAAAAGAUUAUAUAUUCGAUAUAUAUACCUCAUUAAGUUUAUUUUUUUUUAUUUUAUCUCUAUUAACUAUUAAUUGUUUUAGUAGUUAUUUCAUUGCCUUAUUACAAUUUUUUAUUUUUCUUUUACAUGAAAGAAUUUAUUUUUAUGUGAUGGCACAAGCCUGUGUUAUACCUCCCUAA